AUGGCCGCGGUGACCUGCGCCGACGGCGGGUCGCGCGAGUCGCCGGCCGUGGAGAUGAAGGAGCCGGAGUCGGUGCGCAAGAAGACGAAGCACGACCCGGGGAAACGCAUGUCGGACCUUAAUUACCUGGACGACACCGACACGAAGCCCAGCAAGAAGGCGGAGGCCUUCCCGGCGAACACCUGGGUCUUCAACCCCAACGCGAACUGGAGGGUUUAUUGGGACAUGACGAUCCUCAUCUUCGUCGUCUACGUGCUCUUCGUCGCGCCCUUCGAACUCGCGUUCGUCUCGGGCGACCUCAGCUACCAGCAGCGGACGUCCACCAUCUUCUCGAAGAAGCAGCGGAAGAACCUGGGGCUAGGUCGAUCCUUGGAGUCGGGCAUGUUCAUGGCGCGCGACACGAUCGUCCAGGGCAACCGGUCCCUCAACGACACGCUCUUUCUGGUCGAGAAGGGCACGGUCAUGCAGUUCGGGCGCCACAACCCCCUCGUGCCCUUCUCCAUCAGCAAGGUCACGGAGGACGGCUUCUUGGGCGACGACAUCGCGUCGCUCGUCGCGGGCCACACGCCGCAGCCGCGCUGGUACACCGCGCGGUGCGUGACGAUCUGCUUCAUCCACACGCUCAACUCGAAGCAGUUGAUUUCGAUCUGCAACGAGCCCGGUUUGGAGAUCUUCCGCAAGUACAUCACGCGCUACGGCGUCUGGACGCACCUCAAGUACGAGUUCAUCAAGGCCUACAAGAGCGGGCGGCUCCACGGCGAGAUCUUGGACGCGUGGCGCAGCGGGGCCCCGCGGCGCAAGCUCGCGUCGCGGCGCCACGGCUACGAGACCCAGUUCGACGACCUCGAGGGCGCGACGCCCGCGCUCGCGGCGCUCAACGAGAAACUGGACCUCAUGGAGCAGCGCAAUUCCGCGCUGAGCCGCCAGAACCAGCGGCUCCUCGACGCGCUCUCGGGCGUCGUCGGCCAUCUGCCGGACGCGCGGGACCUCGCCGCGGCCGCCGUCGCCCGCGUCCCCGGCGCCGCCGCCGUCGCGGGCGCCCUCGACUACUACCUCGGCGGCCAGUUCGCGGGCCUGACGAGCGGCCUCGCGCGCGGGGCCUUCGCCGCGCGGGGCCUCGAUGUGCGCGUCGCGCCGCCGUGCGCGCCCGGCGGCGAGGGCGACGCCGUGCUCGCGCGCCAGCGCGCGGACCCGUCGUCCGUCGUCGUCGGCGUCUGCGAGCAGAACUCGCUCGCGGCGGCGGCGCCCGUCAAGGCCUUUGGGGCCAUGUUCGACCGGUCGCCGCUCGCCGUCGUCGCCAAGCGCGGCGCGGCGCUCCGCAAGGUCGCGGUGCACGCCGACUCCGCGGAGCUCGUCGCCGAGGCCCUCGGCGUCGACGUCGUCGUCGUCGAGCGCGCCGACGAGGCGCACCGCGCGGCGCUCCUCGCCGGCGGCGCCGUCGACGGCGUCCAGUGCUACCACACGACGGAACCGCUCGCGUUCUUCGCGCCCGGCGGCGGCCUCGAUGCUCGCGAGCACGAGGUCAAGUCGAUCUGCGCGACGGCGCCCGGGUCGCUCGGCGCGCUGGACCUGGGCUACUCGCAGGCCCUCUUCGCGGACGCGGACGCGCCGCAAGCCACGCUCGACGCCUUCCUCGCGGCGCUAAUGGAGGGCUGGGCGAUCGCGGCCGAGGACCCGAUCCUCGCCGGCGAGGUCCUCGCGGCGCACGAGGCCGCCGACGACGCCGCGCUCUUCGGCGGCGCCGGCCGCGACGCGCUCUUCCACGGCGCCGUGGCCGCGCGCUGCGCGCCCGCGGCGCUGCGCAUGGCCGCCGCCGGCGGCCGCGUCGACGGGAACCGCUGGCGCCGCGUCGACGACGCGCUCGCGGCGGCGAUCGGCAAGGCGCCCGUCGCAACGGGGGGCGCGCCGCUGCCCGCCGUCGCCGCGCCGGCCCUGGGCCACGUCGUCGCGCGCGGCGCGCGGGCCGACGCGCGGCUCCGCGCGCGCGGCGUCCUUGAAGCCACGGGCCGCAGGCCCAAAGUCGCGCUCGUCCGCGCGGGCGACCCCGAGGGCGCCCAGGGCGGCGCCGGCCGCGCGGCGGCCAUCGCGACCAACGCGGCGACGGGCGCCGUCGAGUCCUGGUUCGACAAGGCGCGGCUCCUCGAGGCCGACGGCGUCGCCGUGGCCGUCGCCGCGCUCCCGGCCGGAGCGACGGCCGCGGCCGUCGCGGCGGCCGCGCGCGCGGCCGACGCGGACCCGGACGUCGACGCCGUGCUCGUCGAGCGGCCGCUCCGCGAGACCCUGGCUUUCGACCUCGCCAAGGACGUCGACGCGAACGACGACCCCGUGAUGGUCGAGGCGAUCCUCCGGACGCUCGGCGUCGCCGAGGCCGUGCGGACGACGAGCCGCGCCGACGCGGCGUACCUCGACCGCGGCGGCGCGGACCUCGCCUUCGACUUUGGCGGCGCGGCCGCCGUCGUGCUCGGCCGGUCGCCGCACCUGGGGGCGCCGCUCGCCAAGGCGCUCGCCGGCCGCGACGCGACGGUGACGCUCUGCCACGCGGCCACGCCCGACGGCGUGCGCGAGAAGGCGCUCGAGGAGGCGGACUUCGUCUUCGCCGCCGCGGGGCGGCCCGGACUCGUCGGCGCGGGCGACGUCAAGCGCGGCGCCGCGGUCGUCAACGUCGGGACGACCUACGACGCGUCGGCGAAGACGCUCGCGCCCGACGUCGACGACGCCGUCGCCGACGACGCGGCCUACGUGCUGACGACGAACGCCCACGGCUGCGGGCCGGCCUGCGUCGCGACGCUCGUGCGCCGCGUCGUCGAGCGCGCCGAGGACCGCGCGCUGGCCGCGGGGGAGGCCCCGGCGACCUGGCGCCGCGCGGGCGACGCGCUCCGCCGCGACGUCGUCGUCCGCGACUUCGCCGCGGCCGCGGUGCUCGUGGAGAAGAUCGCGGCGACCUGCGACGCCCUCGACCACCACCCGACGGUGGCGAUCAACGGCGCGCGCGUCUGCCACGACGUCGCAGGGUGCGGCGUCGCCGUCGAGUUCACGACCUUCGCCGCGGGCGGCACGCUCACGGGAAAAGAUUCCGAGGCCGCCCGCGCCGUCGAGCCCCUCCUCGCCGCCGCGGAGUGGUUCGCGGCCUGGGCGGCGCUCCGGAGCUUCUUGCGCGCGGGCGACGGCGGCUGGUGGGGCCGCGGCGGCGACGCGCCGCCCGAGGCGCCGCCCGAGGGGAAGAAGCGGCGCGGCGACACAGCCCCAUUGGCCCUCCUGCGCCUGCCCGACGACGCGCUCGUCUCUUCGUGCGCGUACCUGGGCCUCGUCGACGGCGCGCGCGCGGCGGUGACCUGCCGGCGCCUCGCCGCCACCGGCCGCAACGUCCAUCCGCGCGUGCUCAUCAUGCACAGACCUUUACUUUGGUGGGGUCGCCCGGCCUUGACGCUGAUCCUCGACUCACACCCGGGCGUGCUCCAGCGCGACACGACCGACGAUUUACGGUUAGCGCUGACGACGGAGCAGCGCGCGCUGGAGCAGCGGAUCCGCGACCUCGAGCGCAAGCUCAGCUGCAGCUGGCGGUUCUGUGCGAAUUGCCCGGGAGACGACUUAGAUGUGACCUACGUCGGGCCCGUCGUCAUCGGAGGACAGCUCUGCUCCGUGACGUUCCCGCACCGCUCGGAGCGAGGCGGGGAGCUGCAACUGCCGCCCAUGCACGUAUAUUCGCUCAAGAAGAAUGCCUGGCGGACGAUCGACCACUUCGCGCACCUCGGCGCGCUGACAAGCUUCGCCUGUUGUGCGCUCGGCUCGGAAUUCAAGUGCGAGCUGAAGAAGCCGAGCGAGUGCGGCAUCGAGAACAUGGAGGCCGGCGAGCUCGAGGCGGCCAUGGAGGCGGCCAUGAAGCGCAGCGGCAGCGACCUCGAGAUCACGGCCGAGGAGCAGGACAAGUUCAAGAAGGCCUUCGGGGACCCCGAGUUCCGCAAGAUGAUGGCCGAGUACGUCGACGAGAUCAGCGACCCCAAGUACCGCGAGGAGCAGAACCAGUACAUCCGCGAGAUGGAGGCCAAGGGCGAGACGCCCAAGGGCAAGGCGCUGAUCCACCCCAAGGCGGGCUUCGUCGUCAAGACGCGCAAGAUGGGCAAGGCCGACCACACGGGCGCCAAGGUCUUCAUCAACAUCGUGUCCUCCGAGAAGCUCCAGGAGCCCGAGGCGACGCCGUGCGACGGCGGGUCGCGCUGGGCGCUGCCGCACCUCCUGGGCCCGCCGCGCAUGGAGCGCGACAAGAAGGACGCGACGGUGUCGACUUUCGACUGCUGCUUCCACCCGGCGGCCGUCCAGCGCGCGAACGCGUCGAAGCCCUUCCGGGACCUCCUCGCGCAGACGGCCAUCGAAUCCGUCGAGGGGUCCUACGAGCGCAACAGCAAGGGCGAGAAGCUCGAGCGCACCUACCACGUGCUGCUGGGCGUCAUGUACAAGACGGGCCACCCCCAGCCUUUGAUGGUGCCCGACGACCACUCGACGACGCAGGCCAAGGACGUGGCGAGCGUGUUGAACAAGCCCGCGCCGAAGGAAGAUAAGGAGAACGGGGCCGCCAACAAGACCAACAAGAAGAAGAAGCGCAACCGCAAGAAGAAGAAGGGCGGCGCCAAGGACGAGGAGGACGAGCUCGACGACGACAUCGACACGGAGACGCCACCGCCGCCGAAGGAGUUCUCGCUCAAAGGGAAGCUCGCGGCGAAGAUGGACGCGGCGUCGGCGAAGAAGCAGGGCGCGAAGGAGGCCGCGGCGACGGCGGCCCGGGAGAAGGCCGCGGCCAUGGACCCGAAGGAGCUCGCGCGCGCGCGGCGCAUCCUCGAGGCCAAGGGCAUCGCGCCCGCGUCGCCGCCGCCGCCGCCGGAGCCCAAGCCGGAGGGCCCGCCCUACGAGCCCGUCGUCCGGAUCAAGGAGCGCGGCUACUUCGACAUGGGCAACCACAUGAGCGGCGGCUCGACGGUCCAGCGGCGGCCCAAGGAGCUCGUCGUGUCCGUCGAGCUCCCCUUGCUGCCCAACGCCAAAAGCGUCGACCUGGAGGUCGACGCGCGCGACUUCUCCUUGACCGCGAGCCUCGACGGCGCAUCACCCGUCUACAGGCUCAAGAGGCGCCUGCCCUACGACGUCGACGGCGCCAAGGGCGCGGCCAAGUUCGACCGCAAGCAGAAGGUCCUGAACGUGACCAUCCCCGUGCUCCCGGGGAAGGUCGACCCGCCGCCGGACGAGAGCGCCUUCCCGGGCGUCCUCGACGUGUCGCCGGCGCCGGCCGAGGACCCCGUGGAGGUUCUUGAGGCGUUCGAGGAGCCGCCGAGAAAGCCGAAGAAGGCGCCGCUCCCGGCGCGGCCGGCGAAGGCGACGGACCACAACCGCUGGCUCGCGCCCAAGGAGUCGGAGCGCAUGGCCUUCGCCGCGGACGCCAUCAAGGCGAGCGAAACCGCGGCCGACGACGACGACGACGACGACGACGGCGCGCCGGCCAUCGACGCGGUCCUCAAGGACGACAAUCUGCAAGCCGCGCGGUCCGCGGCGGCGGGUUUCAAAGCGGCGCCCGACGCGCCCGACGACCCGAGCUUCGUCGCCGCGGCGUGCUACGCGGGCCCCAAGCCCGGCUACUACUUCGCCAUGAAGCACCGGCGCCUCGGCUACCACCGGGACGACGCGCAACUGCCGCCGCGGGAGCCCGCCGCGGCCGCGCCGCCGCCGGACGACGCGCUCCCCGCGCCGGCCUUCGAGGCGCGGCAGCAGAAGGCGACGGCCACGGUCAUCGUCGAGGCCGCCGGCGUCACGGACGUGGUCACGCGCUUCGAGGGGCGCGUCUGCCACGUGCGCCUCGUGUCGCCCGCGGGCGUCCGCGAGUUCGGGCUCGCGCUCGGCGGCUUCGUCGUCCCGGACCGGUGCCGCCACGACGCCGCGGACGACAACGUCGUCUUCGUCUUCGCCAAGGCGUCGCCGGCCUUCUGGGACGCGCCCGUCGCCGAGCUCGCGGCCUUCGCCCCGGCCGCCGCGGCCGCGCCCGCGGCCGCGCCGAAGAAGAAGGCCGCGGCGAAAAAAACCAAGAAGGCGGCGGCGCCGCCGAAGGAGGCGGCGGCCGCCGCGGCGGACCCGGAGGAGGACCCGGAGGAGGCGCCGCCGCCGACGCUCUCCCGCGCGACGGAGCUCGACACCAAGGCGCCCGCCGCGGCGGCGCCGGCGGCGACGUUCAACGCGCCCGAGUUCCAGAACACGCUCCUCUUCGACAUCGACUAGGGGUCUAUCCGGAACCGGCGCUCUAAGUACAGCAAUUUUAU